CGACCAUAACGGCAAUAUGUUUACACAAAAAUUUGUAGCUCUUUUGUUGUUUACUUUGUGUUGCUAUAAUUUGUUAAUGAUUAGUGAUGCAAAUUGGUCUGAAACUUAUGAUACGGGAAAUGUGGUUCCUGUAGAAAGUGGCUUACAUAUACGAUACGAGGCCACUCGACCAAUAUCAUUCUUAAGUUUAAUAUGGAAAGGACUUUGGUUUGUACCAACUUUAAUUCUGUCUAAGUUAGGUUUGGUUUCUGAGCAUAAAGUGUCAGAAUUAUCAUCGUCUUUCAUUACGUAUGGAAUAGAAACACUUAGAAGAUUUUUAUCAUAA